CGUGACAGUAUCCGGACAACGUCACACAGUCACCACUCAGAGUCCUCCAUUUUGUUUUGGAGCUGUGAGAACAGCGGUGCUAAAUUGGUAGCAUUGAGAAGAUUUUUAACGCCACAGGACGCGGUCAAACGAUGGUCCGAUGGCCUGUCUGUUUUGAUUGGUCAGUGUGUUCCGUCUCGCCAUGGCGCGCGCGCUGGGGGCGGUGCUAAAGACGGUGGCUGGCGAGGGACAAACCCUGUUUAAACCCGUUCGAGUCUCAGGAGUGAGGCCUUUCCAGCAGCAAGCUCUCCAGCUCUCUCCUGUUCUGCUCUCCACAUUUCUUUCCAGGUGUAGUGCUGCGUUCUGUAAUCAGGCCGGUGUAAGGAUGCCAGAAAUAAACACAGAUAAUCUGGAUGAGAAGCAGGUCCGCCUGCUGGCCGAGAUGUGCAUCGUGAUUGACGAGAACGACCAGAAGACCGGAGCGGACACUAAGAAGAACUGCCAUCUCAACUCCAACAUCAGCAAAGGAUUACUCCACCGAGCUUUCAGUGUUUUCCUGUUUAACAGUGAAGAAAAGCUGCUCUUGCAGCAGAGAUCUGAUGCCAAGAUCACUUUCCCAGGGUGUUUCACGAACACGUGCUGCAGUCACCCUCUGUACACACCGCCCGAGCUGGAGGAGCAGGACGGCAUCGGGGUGAGACGAGCCGCACAGAGGAGACUGGAGGCUGAACUCGGCAUCCCCACACACCAGGUGCCUCCAGAGGAGAUGACGUACCUGACCCGCAUCCACUACAAGGCCGAGUCGGACGGGGUGUGGGGCGAGCACGAGAUCGACUACAUCCUGUUCCUGCAGAGGGACGUGGAGCUGCAGCCCGACCCCAACGAGGUGAAAAGCCACCGCUACGUCUCUAAAGAGGAGCUGAAGGAGCUGCUGGAGCAGGCGGACAGAGGCGAAUUGCAGAUCACGCCGUGGUUCAGCCUCAUCGCCAACACCUUCCUGUUCACAUGGUGGGACAACCUGCAAAACCUCAAACAGUUCACAGAUCACGAGCGCAUCCACCGCAUGUGAUCCCCACUGCUGCUUCAGAAUCGGGGGUCCACUCCAUCAGCCACACAGACCUGCUUUAAGACACAGAGUAGCUUUUAUUACUGCAAAGAAAACUGUGAUAUUAGUUUCAUUCAUGGACUGGCGUUCCCUUCAGCAUGCCUAGUUUACUUCCUAAUAUUCAACAGUUAUAUGAUUUGAAUGAAUUAUUUUAUUCUUGGCUUGGAUUGAAGGCUUGACACACGCUGCCUGAUUUCCUAGUUAUUACUUAAUUAAUAUGGAAAAAGAAUGGCGAUGUUUUUCUCUAUAUAUUUCUCAAGCAGAAGGAUUUUGGAGUAUUUAUUUUAAGGCAUUUUAGGUCUGGUCUUUUUAAACAGUCAAAUGGACAUACUGCUUCUCACCAGCAGCAGAGACGCUUCGUUUAAGGGUAAUAUAUGUAGUAGACAUUGAAAUUGAGGUUCACUUUGAAUUGUACUUCAGUGUACAUUAAUGUAAAAUAAAUUGUAGAUAAAGAAA